UACAGACACCUUAAAAGUUUAAAAAUUUAUGCCGGACUCAAUAUAUGAUAAAAUAUUCGAAGAAAGAAAUGGAAAACCAAUAACUAGACGUGACGUAUGUGGCGAGAAUUCGGAGAACUGUGAGUCGCUGAACAGAAAAGAAAAUGUUAUUGGCAUACAAGGGCAGUUGUGGAGUGAGACUGUGCGGACAGUGGAAAACGUAGAUUACAUGAUAUUUCCUCAAAUGAUUGCGCUUGCAGAGAGGGCUUGGCAUAAGGCAGAGUUUGGGGAAGAAUCUAUAUCAGAUCAUGAAAGGGAAGAAAGAUUUAGCCCAGUAAUGGAAAAUGGAAAGGUGGAGGUAUCGACAACAUUUCCUGGGCUUUGUGUACAAUACAGCAACAACAAUGGAAAAUCGUGGUCUGGAGUUCCUAAUGGACAGAAUAUACAAUGGUGGGGUGACACAAGUCUUCAUUUAAGAACAUUGUAUGUGAUUAUGGUCUAUGUUUUAUAA